UUCUGGUUGAUACUUAUAGUAUAUAGAAAUUUCUCACCAUAGGUAGUAUGUAAAAAAUGUUUUCGUAAACGGUUUGGUGGAGAGUCAUGUAAAAAUUUCUAACAAAAGUUUUAUCCUAAACAUUUUAUGGCAACCCCACCUAUAAUGCGGUUUUAAAAACCUAUUUCGUAAUCAUUCUGGCUGAGAGUCAUAUAGAAGUUUUUAACAAAAUUUUAAAGCAAAAAAUUUCUGGCAACCUACUUGAAUUAAUUUUUGGUAACAAGAACUUAAAAACUCACUUCACUUAAUAUUCAUAUGGAAAAUGCUUGCUUUUAAUGUAAUUCGAAAUAUUUUGCCGUAAUGUAUGCACUUAAAAUAUAUGGCAACCAUAUUCAUGAUUAUUUUUUUUUAUCUGGCUAAUAACUAUAAUUAAUUUACCACGCACAAGUUAUAGACACAAAUUCUCAAUUCUCUGUCAAAUAUUCUAUGACUAAGUGCGCACAAAAGCAAGAGCAGCAACAACAGCAAUGAGUCAACCAACCCCGAUAGUAAAUGGAAAUCAAACACUCAAUAAAUGUUUGCAUAAACUUACGUCAAUACAUCCGUGUACAUUCUUUUAAGAAAAUUCACUUUUUACGUUGUUGGCAAACAUUACAAACAUACAAACAUACAAACAUAUCUAAUUAAAUCUUCCACGUAAAGCGAGUGACAAGUGCAGUUUCAUACUAACACACAAAUGUGUAACAAAUAAAAAACAAAACCAAAGUUAUAAUAAUAUUACAAUAAAAUACGCCUUUGGCAUUACAGUGAAGCAUUUCAGCCAACCAAUGAGUGAAGCUCAAAAAAAAAAAUAUUUGAAUACAAAACUCAAUCACUUGCGUGUGUAACCGAAAUUUCCAAGAAUUUGAAAUAAAAAUUUAAAUAAAGUGGCAAAGAAUACAUGAAAUAAACUAAAAUGGACUGCAUUGAGUGAAUUUACAUUGAAUUCGCGCUGAGUGACAUUCGAUGAAGUGAUAAAAUAAAGUAAAAACAAAAAAGAAAACCAAGUACUAAAUAUAAAAGACUUAAGCUACGAACCCGUUACUAAGGAGAGAAAGUCAAGAGUGAGCAAAUCAAUUUUAGUAGCAACAUUGUUUGGCCAAUUGGCAGGAAUUUGGUAGUGAAUAUUUCAGUACAACAACAGCAAAGGAGACGUGACGUGACGUUACGUUGAUGUAGCAGGAGUAGACAAUACGAAGAAGUGUAGACAACGUGGUAAAAAUCAUGGAUACGGCGGGCACUUUCUCCAUAUCCUAUGCGGACUGGUUAACGGAGCCACGGCGCCGCACAGUGCUGACCAGCAUCGAAUCGAUGACUUCGUCACCACCGCCAUUGCCACCGCCGCCGACGCAUUCACAACACCAGCAACAACAACAAGACACACUACCCAUAUCACUCACAUCUGCCAUCACCAAUGGUAAUGGUGGCGGCAGUGGCGGCAGCGGUGGUGGUGUUGCUGGAGGUUGUAGCAGUCCCAACGAUCCCACGACACAAGUGAUCAUACAACAACAUAAUGGUGAUUAUCAACUGAGUAACGCCACACGCUACUUCGAUCCACAGCCGACACAUUUGACUGCCGUUGUAUCGGCCGCCACACCGCAAGCAUUGCUCAGUCUGUCCCCAAACGAUGCUGCCACACAUCCACAUCAUACACAGCAUCAUCACCACCAUCAACAACAACAGCAACAACACCAACACCAUCACCACCAGCAGCAGCAUGAUCAACAGUCACAUAAUGAUGGCACACAUUACCAUCAGACACACUUGCAACAGCAGACGCAUGCGCAACAACAGUUAAGCAUAGAAUCAGCUGGUACAGCGGUGAAUCUGGGUGCUUUGGGUACAGCCCAUCAGGUACACCAAUUGCAUACCCCCAAUGGGGGUACUUCCUACGUCUACGAAUACUACAAGCUGACCGAUGCGAAAGAUGAACCAACAGAUUCGGCAGCCGAAUUGCAUUGGAGCACUGCAACUGCCUCUACCAACAAAUUGAAUGGCCAAACCACACCUCUGGACGUAUCCGGCCUAUCGCAAAAUGAAUUCCAAGGCCUGCUGCUUGGGUCACACCCAUCGGCUGGUGGCGGCACCGGCAACGCAUCCGCAACUCCAACAACCAUUUCACAGCAUUCGGCCAUUGUGGCAGCCGCCACAGCCGCAGCCGCGGCAGCUGGUGGCGCCACCACAGCUGUGGUGGUUACCGCCGAACAACAACGUCAAGCACAACAACAGGCACAACAGACUAUCAGCAUCAAACGCGAACCGGAAGAUCUGCGCAAGGAGCCGAAAAAUGUCGUUAGCAGCACCAUCGUCGAUGCGACGAACAACAUCACCAAUGGUGGAGCGGGCAGUGGCGCGACACAUCAUCAGCAGCAACACGGCGGAACGAAGGUUUUAGUUGUGCAGUCACCAACGCCACCAACGCACACAACCAUACAAAUUAAAGAGCCGCCUAUAAGUCCUGGAAGUCCAACAACAGAUACAAUGUACAGUGCCAGUGGUGGCACACAAAUUUUCUUGCAGGGCGCUCAUCAGUCCAAUGCACCUGUCCCCGGUGGCGGUGCAAAUAAUGUGAACGUAAAUGCACAGACUCCUAGCCCCGGCCCGUACAUCACACCCGACGGUUAUGGCAUGUACACUACGACACGCCUCACAUCGGGCGGUCCAACUUCCACCUUCAUUACAGAGCCCUAUUACCGCGAAUUCUAUACCACUGCAAACACUGCAGACACCCAGACCGGCUAUGGUCAGGCGCCACGUAAUAUUGUAUACGGAGGCGCUGAAGUUGAUCCACCACAGCCGGGUACCACCUAUGAAGGUCGCUUCACAACAGCCUCAGCACCUGUGAAUAGUAUGCCAUCGCAUACCACGGCCAACACAGCAACAAUCAAGAAUGGCACACCAGUGUAUGCAAAGACCAUAACAGCUGCUGGACUAACGGUGGAUUUACCGAGUCCAGAUUCGGGUAUUGGAGCGGAUGCGAUUACACCACGGGAUCAGAACAACAUACAUCAGUCUUUCGACUAUACAGAGCUUUCUGGCACACUGUUGGACAGUAAUGGCGGCAUACCAGUGUCGGUGAACAGCAUACAACGCGGCGCUGUUAGCGUUCAUGGCCAAAAUAGUCCGACCACAUCUUUGGGCGGCUCUACGCCGAAUGGUGCAACACGUUCGAGGCCAUGGCAUGAUUUUGGACGUCAAAAUGAUGCGGAUAAAAUACAAAUACCAAAAAUCUUCUGCAAUGUUGGCUUCCGCUACCAUCUGGAGAGUCCAAUCAGUUCGUCACAACGACGCGAAGACGAUCGCAUCACAUACAUAAACAAAGGACAAUUCUAUGGCAUUACAUUGGAGUAUGUGCCGGAUCCAGAUAAGCCCAUCAAGAACACAACCGUCAAGAGCGUCAUUAUGCUGAUAUUCCGCGAAGAAAAGAGUCCUGAUGAUGAAAUCAAAGCCUGGCAAUUCUGGCAUAGUCGACAGCAUUCGGUGAAGCAGCGCAUUUUAGAUGCAGACACGAAAAAUUCCGUUGGUCUAGUUGGCUGCAUCGAGGAGGUCUCCCACAAUGCCAUUGCCAUCUAUUGGAAUCCACUGGAGAGUUCAGCCAAGAUCAACAUUGCCGUUCAAUGCCUGAGUACGGACUUCAGCAGUCAGAAGGGAGUUAAGGGUCUGCCGCUACACAUUCAAAUCGACACAUUCGAGGAUCCGCGUGAUGCUCAAGUCUUCCAUCGAGGCUACUGCCAAAUUAAGGUCUUCUGCGAUAAGGGUGCUGAGCGUAAAACACGCGAUGAGGAGCGACGCGCUGCUAAACGUAAAAUGACCGCUACAGGACGCAAGAAGCUCGAUGAGUUAUACCAUCCGGUUACCGAUCGUUCAGAAUUUUAUACAAUGCAGGACUUGCAAAAGCCACCGGUACUUUUCUCACCCGCCGACGACAUGGAAAAGAGCUUCUAUGGCCAUGAGACUGAUUCACUGACUGGCGCACCAGAUCUCAAAGGCACAUCACCGUUCUUGCUGCAUGGCCAAAAGGUCGCGGCGCCAACACUCAAAUUCCACAAUCAUUUUCCGCCCGACGUACAGACAGACAAGAAGGAUCACCUGCUGGAUCAAGGUCUGGUACCCAGUGCCAUGGGCGAUUUUGUGCCACCACUGAAACGCGGACGCAUGACACCGCCCACAAGCGAGCGCGUUAUGCUGUUCGUGCGACAGGAGAACGAAGAUAUCUACACGCCGCUGCAUGUGGUGCCGCCCACCACCAUUGGCCUGUUAAAUGCGAUUGAAAGUAAAUACAAAAUCUCAACAGCGAGUAUAAAUAAUAUUUAUCGUACAAAUAAAAAAGGGAUUACUGCGAAAAUUGAUGACGAUAUGAUUUCGUAUUAUUGCAAUGAAGACAUCUUUCUGCUAGAAGUGCAGCAGAUCGAAGAUGAUUUGUACGACAUAACAUUGACGGAGUUGCCCAACCAUUGAGCAAAAUAUUAAUUUGAUGGAGAAACAUUACAUGUACACGUAUGCGUGUAUGUACGAAUUUGUAUGUAUGAAGCGAUAAACUAGCAAGCAGCAGAGAACACAAGAAACAACAGCAAGCAAAAACAACAGUAGCAGCCAAAUGCUAGAGACAACAAGAAGAAAAACUCAGCACACAUUGUUAUUGUGUUCAUUUGAAAAGCUGAUGUGUGAGAUGUUCUUAUAAUGAUGAAAACAACAAACAACAACGACAACAGUAAUGCACAAAACAAUGGACACAAUUAUAAUUAUGUUAGAUAAUAAAUUCUCAACAAAAAAAUGAUAAAUACAAAUACUCGUAGGAGCAUAUAAAUAAAUUUUUUUUUUUUUUUUUGUUUUUUCAAGUUAUUACUAAUAACUAUAAUAAAUAUAUGCGCGUUUAUACAUUCGUAAAAGACAAUAAGAAGUAGAAAAAACCGGCAGAUACAAAUAUUACCUACUAAAUAUUACUAUUUUUUCCGUUCUGCUUCUAAGUGAAGUGGCCACUGCUGCUGCGCCUAAAUAUUUGGAUAAGAAAACAAGAGCAACAAAACGUGCCGAUUGCUUCAAACAGACAAACGUUUGAAACGAAAUUAAAAUAUACACAGAUGUUAUUUUACAUUAAUUUAAUAUAUAUAAUUCUAUAUAUGCGCGAAAAUUUGAUUGUGUAAACAUUUUUAGUAAAUAAAAAUUACUUUAAGUACCCAGACGCUUAA